AUGCUGUGCGUGCCGGUAUGCACCGCUAGCUCUCGCGGUAUCUGCUCUCUGGCUGUUUUGCGCCCAAGAUGCCUACAUUCCAUUCUACCAACUUCCCUCAUUCGGAAUACGCGUUCAUUUACCGGAGUAGGCAUAUAUUUUCGAACAAGGGCAUACAGCACUCAGUCAACACCACGAAAGUCUUCAGAGCCAGUUAAACCUGGAAUUAUUUCCCGCUUCCUUCCUUCCGGUCCAUCCGUCACAGCAUCAUCUUUCCGCAAAAUAGUAGCAUUAGCGAAACCGGAGCGGAAACCACUUACCACUGCUGUCGGCUUACUACUCUUAUCAUCUGCUGUCACUAUGUCUAUACCAUUCACAAUCGGGAAGCUCAUCGAUUUCUUUUCCUCUGUUAACCCGCAAAUUCCUCUUGGUCUUUCGAUAUGGCAAGCGUCAGGUGUUCUACUAUUUCUUUUUAGUGCCGGUGCAGCCGCAAAUGCAGGACGCACGUACCUCAUGAGGAUGUCAGGACAGCGGAUAGUAGCGCGACUACGUGAGCAGACAUACAGUGCGGCUUUGCAUCAAGAGGUUGAAUUUGUCGAGCGCGGCGAGGGAGACGUGCUCAGUCGGCUGAGCGUUGAUACCACUAUCGUGGGUGAAAGUGUCACACAAAACCUUUCGGACGGACUACGUGCUAUCGUUAUGUCAUCCGUUGGGUUGGGAGCCAUGUUCUACCUAUCUCCAACUCUAACAACCCUCAUGUUAUGUGUCGUCCCCCCUGUCUCUUUCGGUGUGGUAUUCUACGGUCGCUACCUCAAACGCCUUUCCAACCGCACCCAAGAAGCCAUGGGUGAAAUGUCUAAGCAUGCCACGGAAUCUCUCUCCGCAUUACGAACUGUUCAAGCAUACAACGCUCAGCCGCAAGAAGAACAAAAAUUCCAUGAAAAAGUCACCAAUGUCUUGAGUUUAGCUAAAAAGGAAGCAGUUGCGAGCGGUAUAUUCUUUGGAAGUACAGGAUGGAGUGGUAAUGUUACGAUCUUGGCGCUCCUGGGAUAUGGUGGUUCACUCGUUUCGCAAGGAGAAAUUACCGUCGGGGACCUAACUAGUCUUCUUUUAUAUACUGUCUACGUUGGAAGUGGUUUGCAGAUGUUAACAUCAUUCUUCUCGUCCAUUAUGCGCGGAAUUGGCGCCGGCAAUCGAGUAUUCGAACUACUAGGCCGUGAACCCGCGAUUCCCACAAAUUCCGGUGUAGUGCUCGACCCACAUCGCCGUGGUCCCGUGAGAUUCGAGCGUGUAGGAUUUGAAUACCCGAGUCGGCGGGGCGUUGAAAUCUUGAAUGAUUUCAAUUUGGAGAUCGGCGUUGGAGAAAGCGUGGCUAUCGUCGGAACAAGUGGAAGUGGCAAAUCAUCCGUCCAAUCCCUGCUUCUACGUUAUUACGAUCCUGUCAGAGGGAAGGUCACCUUCGAUGGACAAGACAUUCGGGAACUCAGACUAGACUCUUGGAGGAACGCAAUAGGAAUUGUCCCUCAGGACCCUGUCCUAUUCACUGGCACAAUUGCUUCCAAUAUCGCUUUCGGUAAUCCCACUGCUACCCGAGAGCAAAUUGAGGAUGCUGCGAGAGAAGCCAACUGCGAGUUUGUAUGGGGAAUGCCAAAGGGUUUUGAUACUGAGAUCGGUAGACUCAGUCUGAGUGGUGGCCAACGUCAACGUCUAGCCAUUGCUCGAGCAUUACUCAAAAAACCUGCGAUCCUUGCUCUAGACGAAGCGACCAGUGCUCUAGAUGCAAAUUCCGAAAAUCGAGUCAACGAUGCUGUCGACAAGAUUCUGAGAAAAAGACAAACCACUUGUCUUUUCGUUGCACAUCGGCUUAGUACGAUAGCGAGAGCUGAAAGAAUUGUUGUUCUAGAAGGUGGACGAAUAACGGAAUCGGGAACUUACCGCCAACUGGUAAACGACCCGUCCUCGCGAUUUAGAACGUUAAUGGCAGAACAACUCCAUGCCGCUAGCACGCAACGUCCCGUAACGCCACCUCCAAGUCGUGAGCCUGCUUCGGAAGAAGCGGAGGUAACAGAACAGGAGGAAGUCGAGGAGGUCGAAGCCGCCAAGGAACCACCUCCGCCUAAUAAUAAGAUAUAA